AUGGCGCCUGGCACGGAUCCGCUUGCCUUCCAGCGGCACUUGGCAAACUCUUUGGGCGGCUCACAUGACCUGAACGUUUGCAGGAGCAACAGUCUGGCAGAGCAGCUGAACAUUUCCGACACGCUGGUGCACAUCACUCUGCGGCUGAGCAAGGCCGCCCUCUCUCAGCCGUUUCCCCAUGGGGGAAAUGAAGCGGACACUCCAAAAAGCAAGCUUCUGGUCCUCAAGGCUGCAGAGAGGGCCAAACGCGCCUGCGUGAUACAGGUGCCUGCAGUGAGUGGCAGGCUGUUUUCCAACAGCCGGCACCUGCUACAGGUUUCCGAGGCGCUGGGUUUUCGGUUCCCCGGGAACUGGAUUCGGGCAGAGCCGAGCCUUUUCGGGGAAGAGUUUUCAGAAGACGGGAGUGUCCCAAAGGAAACCAGGGCGCCUGCCGCCACUGUUUGCUACGGGGAGAACGCCACAGCUGUCGACACAGGAAAUCCCCUGCUCCUCCAGACCCAAGCCGAAGCUAGCCCCAGAGAUGACUCAGACCACAACGGCUCCGAGAAGCCGCCGCCUGCCCAGGGAACUUUGUCCCAGGCCGGCGUCGCGGAUGGAGCUCUCCAGCGCCACUCGCAACGUUCGUUACAGAGUUGCCAUGGAGAUGCGUCGGCCCGAGAGGGGCGGAGCACUGGAGCAGGCGGAAGGGCUCAGCAUCCGCCGCCCAAGGAGGAGCUGGAGGCUUCCGGAAGGAUGGCGGCGGCCUGUCGGCAGGAACCGUUCCCUGACGGGGAGGGAGCCAGGGGCAGCAAGCCGCUGGCAAAGGAGCCCCCUGUGGGGCCGCAGCCGCUGGGCAAGAAGAAAGUCCAGAGGAAGAAGAAGAAGAAGAAAAAGAAGAAGAAAGCUGUGCGGGAUGAUGCAGAAACGCCCCCUGGCAAAAGCAAGCAGCAGCCAGUCCUUGGAACACCCCCCCUCAAGCUGCUCCAUCCCUUUGGUGAGGACGGAGCACCCCGAGAGGAUGCCACAAAGGGGAGACCCGGCAAGCCAGCAGGCAACGCCCUCUUCUUCUCCGCUUCCGCUCCCCUGACCCAGGGCAGCUCGGCUCAAUGCAACGAGAGCCUUCGCUGGAACGGGGUCCUGGACGACCCCCUUCUGGAAGAGGAGAGGCUGUGGAACUAUCGGGUGAACCGAAGGAAGCGCUACGGGGCCUUCAUCCAGCAGCGCCUCCCGCCAGAGCCAUCCCUCACGCUCAAGAACCUGCCACAGCUCUGUAAAGCUGCCCACCUCAGCGGAGACCACUUGCUGUGUGAGAACAAGCCCUCCAGUCCCUCUGCGACGGCCAGCAAAGUCCAACAGAGACCCAACUCUGUGUCUAAGCUCUUCACCAAAGCAUCAACAUCACUGCUGCCAAGUAUGUCUCAGGAAACGGUGUAAAUCCUUCUAAUGCCUCAUGGUUGGAGAGUGUUUUGUUUUGUUGUUGUUGUUGUUUUAAAAGAAAAAAAGAUGCAAGAGCUUAAUGGCAGUAACCUUAGAUGGGGAUCCUGGGAGCAGACGGGAUUAUUCAUAACUCUUUAUCAGGUGGCCCAGCUGCUCUCCAGUCCACCUGCAAGCUUUUUUGACUUGAUCACAUUCUAAUGGGCAAGUUCGAUAAUAAACAUCCAGCUAACCUUU